GGGGUCGCGCUGUGCCGGCCCGGCCGGAUGCCCGCGAAGCCCGAGCCGGGGCACAGGGGGCGGCGCGCGGCGCUCGGGCUCCCCCGCUCCCCAUUGGCCGCGGCGGCUGCAGGAGGGGCCGCCCCGGGCUCGUCGCACCUGGCGUAGCUGCUCCGCAGGGAGAUCGCGGCGGCCGGGCACUGGCGCGCCGAGGUCGAGGCAUCGGGAGCCCAGGCCCGGGGGGCCGCGGCCCGAGCGCCCCACACGCCCGCCCUGCCCUCCGCACCGCUCCGAUGCGUCCGGGGCCAGCCGCGCCCGCCGGAAACUUUGCCCCGCCGAGCGCCCCCGCUCCCGCCUGAACGCGUGGACAGGCACCCGGUGGGCAGCGCGGCCCCGCGCGGGAUUGCGGGGACCCCCCGGCGCCUGGCGGCCGCUGCGCCUCGGCGCGCACGGGCGGCCGCCAGGAUGCGCUACGCCGAUCCCUCGGCCAACCGCGACCUGCUGGGGAGCCGAACUUUGCUCUUCAUCUUCAUCUGCGCCUUCGCGCUGGUGACCUUGCUGCAGCAGUUCCUGUACGGCAGGAACUACAUCAGGAGAGGCCUCGAGUUUGGUUGGCAGAGUGGCGACCCGCUGGCCAAUUGGACGGGUUUCUUUAAUGCCACCGACGACCCAGCAGUGCAGAGCAGCAGUGACUCCAGCUCCAGGUACUUCGAGUUUUACGAGGGUCCUCUUGAAUAUAACUCCACAAGAUGCCUGGAGCUGAGGCAGGAAAUCUUGGAAGUGAAGGUGCUGUCCAUGGUGAAGCAGUCGGAGCUGUUCGACAGGUGGCGGAGCCUGCAGAUGUGCAAAUGGGCCAUGAACAUCUCGGAAGCCAACCACUUCAAGUCCACGCUGUCCAGGUGCUGCAAUGCCCCAUCCUUCCUCUUCACCACACAGAAGAACACACCCCUGGGGACGAAACUCAAGUAUGAGGUGGAUACCAGUGGCAUCUUCCACAUCAACCAGGAGAUCUUUCGCAUGUUCCCCAAGGACAUGCCGUACUACCGCUCCCAGUUUAAGAAGUGUGCCGUGGUGGGCAACGGGGGCAUCCUGAAGAGCAGCCGCUGCGGGCGGGAGAUCGACAGUGCGGACUUCGUCUUCCGGUGUAACCUGCCCCCCAUCUCAGAGAAGUACACCAUGGACGUGGGGGUCAAGACAGACGUAGUCACUGUGAACCCCAGUAUCAUCACCGAGAGGUUCCACAAGCUGGAGAAGUGGCGGCGGCCCUUCUACCGCGUGCUGCAGGUGUACGAGAAUGCGUCGGUGCUGCUGCCAGCCUUCUACAACACUCGCAACACCGACGUGUCCAUCCGCGUCAAGUACGUGCUGGACGACUUCCAGGCGCCGCAGGCCGUCUACUACUUCCACCCGCAGUACCUGCUCAACGUGUCCCGCUACUGGCUCACGCUGGGCGUGCGCGCCAAGCGCAUCAGCACUGGCCUCAUCCUGGCCACCGCCGCGCUGGAGCUCUGCGAGGAGGUGCACCUCUUCGGCUUCUGGGCCUUCCCCAUGAACCCCGCGGGCCUCUACAUCACCCACCACUACUACGACAACGUCAAGCCGCGGCCCGGCUUCCACGCCAUGCCCUCGGAGAUCUUCAACUUCCUGCACCUGCACAGCCGCGGCAUCCUGCGCGUGCACACGGGCACCUGUAACUGCUGCUGAGGCCGCCGUGGGGGCGGGGGUGGGGGCGGGCUGUUCAUGCCCCUGCUGGCUCGGAGGGGCUGACUCUGCCCCACACCUUGAGCUCGUGUCCUGCCCACA